AUGUCUGUCAGCUUUUGCCUAUCCCUCCUUGUCCUCUUCUUCUCCACCUCUCUACCCACCAGGUCCCUUGAACAUCAUCUUUCCUCUUCUACUAAUGACACCAAUGUUGUGGCCGACAUGGACUCAAAGUUUGUGAAUUUAAUUUGCCCCUCCAGUCACCCAAUAUGGUUUGUGCCAGAUUCUUCUGUCGCUCUCCAGCCGAGCGCCGGCAAUCAAUUAAGAAUAGGUCUAGACAAGGAGGUAAGACCUUUCCAAAGAGGUUUCUACACAUGCUGCCCUCGUGCUCGUGCUCUAUGGCCAAACGAUGUUGUGCAACGCGUUCAAAUUCCCUCCUGUUGUCCCUGUUGCUCAUGGCCGGAAGAGGAGUACUGUUCAACAAGUCUUUGGAACACCUCUGUCAGACUGAAUGCUCCUCAAUGCUUGCAAAUUUUUCUUUUCACAGGAAUGGUUCCUUGCAAGGAAACUGUCCUUACCCUGCCCUGGCGAUCUAAGGUGCUUAUUCCUUGUCCUGCGCCCUUACCAACUUCAGAGUUGCACAUUUAUAGUCAAUUGCCGAAAAUUAAGCUAUCUCGAAGACUCUGGUUUGACACUUCAACCACCGAUGUGGGAGAAUUUGAUUCGCGUUUUGGAGUGUGCACAACGCAGCAGCGUAUUCCAGGUGGGUACAUGCAGUUGUCAUGCGAGUACUCCACCUCGAAACGCCUGGUUAGACCACAGGCACCUUUCGCUCCACCAACGAUUCUCCCAAACGUGACUUGUAGACUUCUUCCCAUUGAACAGGAGUUUGCUAUGGACAGCGCAACAAUCCCUGAAUUCAGGGUCUUUGGACCGCUGAACUUGACGGUUGCAUGCACGGCUCUGUACACAAACAUUUUCAUUGCUAACAGACCUCCUACAUUGUGCUUUCGUUGGCGUAGCAUUGUCGAGUCUCCACAAGGCCAUCCCUCAACUUGGUCCCGAUUUGAGUGCAUACCGACCACACUGAUCGAGGACACUGUCACAGUGGCUGCAACCAACGCGUACAAUCUUACAAUUGAGGAUUCUUGCACAACUGUCAAAGUUGAGAUUGUGGAACGUAACAGAGCUACAGUCGCUCAGAAAUUCUCUGUGCGUCUUCGUGUGUCACCUCCAUCAUUGAAGAAUCGAAUGUUUGUAGAGGUUGCCCAUCCCGCUGAUUCAAAAGCUUAUCGCCUGUUCUCUGAUAAUUCAACCCGCAAUCAGACGUUGGUAGUAUUGGCUACCUCGUUGGAUCACUUGACAUUGGAAUUUUAUGCGCUUGACGAAGUCACAUCCAACACCUCCUGUUCAUCCCCCACCCUGGGGAAAGCGCACUUUUCUCUCAAUCGAACCGUCGAUAGAUGGCUAUGCGACGUAGUUCUACCAGUCCAUCUAUUCGACAUCACUUUGCGUCAAGGUGAUUUGGAGACUCGAGUGACCGUCUACCCAUCACCAAGUGCUCUUCUACCUCGUUCCACUAUAGCCGGUUUACGCGGUUCCGUAGACGUUCACAUUAAUGUCACAUGCCCUCUGGUUGAAAGUGAAACAAAAACUCUUUUCCAUACAGCGGCCGAUCGUGUCCGCUGGCUAGUCUAUCGAGGUGAUGAGCUGGUGAAUGAGACGUACACGCGAGUCUCCUGGCUGCUAAUAGCCCCCCUUAUAAACUCCACUGCAGUCAGUAUGGAGCCAGUGCUAGAAUGGUCGUCGCCCUCAGCCUCCUCUCUGUCUGAUUUUAUCGCCAAUCUGUCCACUUUAAGUCUCCCUCCUGUUGCAGACUUCUCGAGAAGACUUUGUGUCUCCUGUGAGACAUUUUUCACCCUCGGAGGCAGUAGUAAAAGCAACAGGGAGUGUGUCACUCUGGAGGCGGAGGAGCCACGUGAGGAGAAUCUAUCUGUCGUUGAGACCGCUUUGCGGCGUUUUUCAUCUGCCUUUGCUCCUAUUCAAGUGUCUAAUGUUUCCAAUCCGAGUUUUCGAAUUACUACAGCUUUUCCUUCCGAUGAUUUGAGAAGGAAUGGGACCAUUUCCUCUCUGAGUGUUUACGCAGGUUCAGUGCUUGAAUUGCGAUGUAGCAUGAGUCGAACAAGUGAUUCCACACGUUGGCCUCUCAUUGGGUUCACUGCCUAUGGUGGAAAGCAAAGUCUUCCUGACGGAACCCUCCAACUCUACGCGCUCCCCUUCACCCUUGAAAGUCGACUCCGAAUUCACACCUCGAUGGUGAAGACAUCUGACUUAGGCGCCUAUUCAUGUUUUACUGUUAAUGCUGAUGUGGUCCAUCUCUUCGUGAACAUUGUUCCCUCUAGAGUUCCCGAAAUCGUUGAACCCAACCAACCUGUCCGAUACUUUACUGCCAACGAGCUCAUUCGACUUACGUGCCGAGCUAUCGGUGGUCCUGGGCCCAUAAUUGUGUGGCGUCUUGUGAACAGAACCCAGGAACUUGAGACGACUGUUUUAAAGUGGUGUAAUGAAUCCUACCUAAAGGAGGAGAGCAGUUGCAGUUUGGUGUAUGUGCCUCUCCCGCUUGCUGAGAAUGUUACAAUUGAAUGCGAAGCCAUGAACUACCUCGGAAAUGCAGUUUAUUCACUUAACAUGAUUCGUAUAAGUACUAAUAAUGAAUUGGCUGGAAGCAUGCUCUUUGGCAGGUUAUGGAAAAAUUACAUGGUCUGGAUUAUUGUGCCCCUCAUUGCCAUCGUCUGUUUCGUAGUCUGUUUGGGGGCUUGUCUAUGGCGAAAGGGUAGGCAGAUGGCGAAAGCUGAGAAGUUGAUUAGGAUGGACAAUCUGAUUUACGGCCGUCCUGACAAGUUAUUGGCUGAUGUCAGGAGUUCCAAUCCGAUCUAUCGGGAACUAAUGUAUAGUCUCAUGCCCACUGAAGAAAUGCGCAAUAGAUGGUGCUUGGAUCGACGCAGUUUGCGACCCUUUCCCCAACCCCUUGGCAACGGUCACUAUGGCACUGUUCAAAAGGCCAUUUAUUAUGCUCCCCAGGAGAAGGGUAAGAAGUGUGCGGAUGCCUUUUUUGUGGCUCUUAAGUCACCCUCCGCUGAAAUUGUCAGUCUUUCAUGCUUCCGCAACGAGAUUGCUCACUUGAUUAAAUUAUCGAAUGGGCCAAAUAUUGUCAAAAUGAUCGGCUGCGCCUUUGGCGAAAAAGGUGAUCUGAGGGACACACUAUUGGUGUUGGAAUUUUGUCCCAACACCAGUCUCAGCGACUUUAUCCGUCGCAUGCACUAUCCCCAUGGAUUGCAUGACAGCCGAUCCAUAUAUGUACGCAAUACGGAGGGUGGGAUCAGCACUGGAAGUACACAGAUUUCGACAACACCCUUUCCUUCCAGUGAUAGUUUAGUCUCCCAACUUGCAUGGGACGCUUACAAUGCACCCACUCGAGCCAUCCACUGUGACUACAUGGAGGAGGAUGAGGCAGUGAAGCUGCAAGGCAAGCGAAGAAGACGAGGUGUUGUUAGUGGCCGACGCACCACAGCGUUCGUGCACUCGUGUCCGACUCGUAACUCGUUUUCCAUGUUUCUGCAAAUUGCGACGGGCAUUUCCAAAGGGCUGGCGUUUCUAGCUGAAAACAACGUCAUUCAUCGAGACUUGGCAACUCGAAACAUUCUUAUGGAUGCCAAAUACGAACCGAAGAUUUGUGAUUUUGGACUUGCAGUGACGGUGGAUUCCCUGCAAGACUGUUCCACUGAUAUGUCUCAACAACCUUCCACUGGCUGCUAUCAUAUACUCACCUUCACAAAGCAGCUACCUUUCCGAAUCCUUCCGCCGGAGGCACUCUCCAUGCAGCUAUUUUACCUCUCCUCGGACAUCUGGGAAUUUGGCCUUCUGCUCUGGCAGAUGUUCUUUUUCGAGACCCGGAAACCCUUCGAAAAUGUUCAGAGUUCUGAUGCUCUUUUCCGUUUCCUAUCCUCUAGUCGUCGUCCUCUAAAUGGUUUUCUCAACUACGUGGACUCCAGAAACCCUGGUGACAGCGUUCAAGCCCCACCUACUAUAGAUCGACCUCCGGGUAUCCCUGAUGCUUUGUGGGAGGUAAUUUGCGACUGCCUGCGCUUUCAGGCAUCGGAAAGACCGAGUGCAUCUGAAGUGCGUCAACGCCUUGAUGACUGCUACGCCACUUAUGAAGAAAUUGGCGAUGGCUGUGCCGUCAAUGAACGGAGAAGCAACUACCAAAUGCUUCGUAAAAGGGUUCCAAGUCACGAGGACAUUUGUGGAAGUUCCUCCUUCGUGCAGGAUGUGUUUGGAGAGCCUAGACCUCACCUAGCCGCCUAUGAGAACAUUGAACAGGCUCACAAUAGUGCUGGCUACUUGGAAAGCUUUCCGUCGUCCUCUGUUUGA